AAUCUUCCCUCAGGUCCCAGAAUAGGAAUAGCACUUCACAUUACACACAGAGCUGCAACUUUAAGGAAUGGAUCACACACAGUAACUUCUCUGAUACCACAGGAUGUUUACCUGGAUAGCAAAAGUUGCCCCACAACCACCUCAGCCAGUCAAGCAUCUGGAGAUCACACCUGAAGUUAAGAGUACCUCUCAACCUGCAGAGGAACUACAAGAAGAGAAAACAGAGAACUUUACAGAAAAUACAGAACAAGCCUCCUUACCUAAAAAUGAAACAGAUAUCCCUUCUAACCCAGGAGAAACACAGGCUGAACCUGACCAGGUGUCAGUACCUAGCGCAGAAACAAGUGCUGGAGGUGGGGUCCUAGUCUGGAUUGCACAGAAUAUAAGCAGACUCAUUCCACAACAUCUUGGUAGCCCCACACUGCCAAAAGCUGCACCAGCUGAAUCUGAAAAGGAAAUAGAGACUAAGGAAGAAGAACCAAGCACAGUUCCAGCUCCAACAUUAGCUCCAGAUCCAUCACCAGCUCCAGCUCCAGCUCCAACACCAGCUCCAACACCAGCUCCAGAUCCGGCUCCAUCUCCAUCUCCAGUUCUAGAUCCAGCUCUGGUUCCGGAAAGUGUUCCAGCUCCAGAUGACCAACCACUAAAUCAGGCAACUCCUAUUGCAGAAAACCCAUCAAUCCAGGACCAACGGGAUGGAGGUCGAAGCGGUGGAAUGUUCAGGUGGUUUGUACAAGGGCUGGAAAAAGUGUUACCACAACCAGAAGGAAAAUCUAGACCAACCAAUCUCAGUGUGAUGGCAGCUGAGGUGUCCACUGCUCCCCAGGAGGAAACUGCAAAAGCACAGACAGAACAAUGCACUGCUGAAACAAUGCCUGAGCCUGUGGUUAAACCUGAACCUGAACCUGAACCUGAACCUGAGCCUGAGCCUGAGCUGAAAGUAGAAGUUGCUGUGGUACCUGAGACUCCUAAAGAGGCUACUGUCCAGCAGGCAGAACUCCCUACAGAUACUGGUUCCAUUGUCAGUGUCUUUGAAAUGCCUCAGUCAUCAGCUAAUGGCAGCAGUAUGUUUGGUUGGGUGACACAAAGCCUGGGAAAGGUGAUCCCUCAGCCUGUAGGGAGCUCUGUGCCUGUAACUGCCAAAGUGAAAAUGGAGCCAGCACCCCAAGAGUAUGAGGUCCCAGUGGAGGAGAAGGAACCACAACUGAAUGUGACUAAUGUUAAUGAGGAAGUGCCCAAAGCUGUCACCAUUAUAGAAGUUGUUCCAGCUGAUCCAACCCCAGAACCGAUAGUGAAGGAUGAGAAUCAGCCAGCAGGAGAGCCAGUCACUAAAACAAGCAAUGAGGAAGCUAAAAGUGUCUUCAGUUGGCUAGCAAAAGGUCUUGGGAAUGUUGUGCCACAGCCAGUCAUCAAAUCCCAAUUAACAAAGGAGGAUGACAGGACUAUAACUGCAUGCCAUGCAGAGGAAAUUCCAGUUUGUAUUCCAAAGGAGAUGGAGUUGGAAGAUAUUGAAUCUGACUGGGAUGAAGAGGUUCAAUACCUUGAUGCUGAAACUCAAACAAGCGAGUGUGAGGCAUUGGCACAGGUCAAAACACAAACCACAGCCACAGAUGUAACAGUGGUGAAGCAGAGUGAUGAGAUUCCAGAGGAAGAUGAAGAAAGGCAGUUGUGGAGUAUCACUGAGGAGCAGGAGAUAGAUGCAGAAAUUGUGAAAGUGUGUGAAGGAACUGAGAGCAGUGAUGAUCUACCCAGUGAAGAGGCAGAGACGGUAUGCGAAGGGACCAAGAGCAGUGAGGAUCAAUCACCAACAGAUUUGGUGCAGAUUUGUGAAGAAGCCAAGACUGAUGAUAAUCUACCAGCAGCAGUUAACCUGACUGCCAUCUGCUCAGAGGAGAGUGACCAGACUGUGCCACCAAAGCUUGAUGAAGAAGCCUCUGAAGAUCAAGUGCUGGCAACAGUUGAGAACAGCCCCUUUCAACAGGAAGAGGAGAUUUUGAAGAGUGAGUUGGAUCAAGGAGAUCCUCACACAACAUCGUGGCCCUCAGUCAACAUUGAAGAUGUAGAUUCUGAAGGUGUUACUUUAACAUCUGAGAAUGGCCAGUUGCCACCAACUAAAGUGCCCUCUUCACCAUACAAGAGUCGGACACUUACAGUGCCAGGUGUCCCCAUGUCAGCACAAAGAAGUAAGUCCUCCUAUCAUGAAAAGGUGGAUGAACCAUCCGAGGAGUUACCAGUGCAAGCUUGGAAUAGCCAGACCAACCUCCAGGUUGAUGAUAGUUUCAGAGAUAAACAGGGCUCAACAUCAAGUAUUACUAGUGCUAUUGUGAAUGAGCGCCUCCAAGAACUGGUGAGAAGCUUUAAAGAACGAACAGAACUGGUCAAGGAAAAGCUUAUUGACCCCGAUGCAUCUGAAGAUGAAGCAAGUCCAACUGCAUCACCAACCAAGAAGGCUGUGGAAGCCCCUGCUCCACCUCCUCCCCCAGAGGAAGAAAAGGAAGAGGAAGAAGAACACUACUGUGAAAUGAUGUGCUGCCGGUUUAAAACUCAACCUUGGAUCAGACGGAUUAGAGGACUGGGGUUUCCAUCCAGCGUUGAUCCCUUCAGCAAUCCAAUGUAUGUGCUGUGGUUAUCCAUUGUGGUCUUCGCCUGGAAUUGGAAUGUCUGGUUAAUCCCUGUGCGUUGUACUUUUCCUUAUCAAACACCUGACAAUGUUCACCUGUGGCUGUUGAUGGAUUAUUUCUGUGAUCUGAUUUACGUGAUAGAUAUGGCUUUUUUCCAGUCUCGUCUUCAGUUCGUUCAAGGAGGGGACAUUAUAACAGCAAUAAAGCCUAUGAGAGAAAAUUACAUGAAAACACCUAAAUUCAAGAUGGACUUAGUGUCGCUUUUGCCUCUGGACAUUUUGUACAUUAAGUUAGGUUUCAGACCUGUAUUAAGGUUCCCACGCCUCAUGAAGUACAUGACCUUUCUAGAAUUCAAUGACCGGCUGGAGGCUAUAAUGAGCAAGGCCUAUAUAUAUAGAGUUAUAAGGACCACAAUAUAUCUGUUGUACAGCCUCCAUAUAAAUGCCUGUCUAUAUUACUGGGCAUCUGACUAUGAGGGAAUUGGAGCCACAAAGUGGGUCUAUGAUGGUGAGGGGAACAGUUACAUGAGGUGCUACUACUGGGCUGUGAAGACUCUGAUUACAAUUGGAGGGCUACCGGACCCGCAGACAGUAUUUGAAAUCCUCUUUCAACUUGUCAAUUAUUUCACAGGAGUCUUUAUCUUCUCCAUUAUGAUUGGUCAGAUGAGAGAUGUGGUGGGCGCAGCCACUGCUGGACAGACCUAUUUUCGAAACUGCAUGGAUAACACUGUGAGAUAUAUGAACUCUUACAGAAUUCCUCGAUUCGUUCAGAACAGAGUGCGCAAGUGGUAUGAAUUCACUUGGGAAUCACAAGGAAUGCUGGAUGAGACAGAGCUGUUGGUGCAACUUCCUGACAAGAUGAGACUGGACAUUGCCAUUGAUGUUAACUAUAGCAUCGUCAGUAAAGUGGCACUGUUUCAGGGCUGUGACAGACAGAUGAUUUAUGACAUGCUGAAACGACUGAAGUCAGUGGUGUACCUGCCUGGAGACUACGUGUGCAAGAAGGGAGAGAUUGGGAGAGAAAUGUACAUCAUUAAAGCUGGAGAGGUCCAGGUUGUUGGUGGCCCUGAUGGAAAGACUGUGUUUGUGACUCUACGAGCAGGUUCUGUAUUUGGCGAGAUCAGUUUACUUUCGGUUGGAGGAGGGAAUCGACGGACUGCAAACGUCGUUGCUCAUGGAUUUGCAAACCUCUUCAUUCUUGACAAGAAAGACUUGAAUGACAUUCUAACCCACUAUCCAGAUUCUCAGAAACUGCUGCGAAAGAAAGCUAAGAAACUCCUCUCUAAAGAUGAUGGAAAAGAUGUAAAGCCACAACCAAAAGGAAUACAGCAUAUCAUCCCUCCAAGACCAGAGACUCCCAAAUUAUUCUUGGCAGCCCUCUCAAUAACCGACAAAUUUGGAAUCAAGGGAACAUUCUCGCUUAUUAAACAGAAACUCAGGGAAUCUGCCAAAAUGAAGCCUCAUCCGAUGCCUCCUGCCUCCCCUGUCCAUCGCCGAUCACCUGUUCCAGUAGAAAAGGUGGAGGAUGAUUAUGAUGAUGAAGUUGUUUCUGAAUCUUCGGAUUACUCUGUGCUGAUCAGAAUGAGCCCCUCACACCACAAGGAUAAGGAACAAAUCUUAUCUGUAGAAGUUCCAGCUGAAGAAGAAGAGGAUUCUGAAAAAUGAUACUGCUUUGGAUUUGUGUAUUGUGCUGUUAACAGUACCAGUUUAAAACUAGGCCUGAGAUGCAUUUACUAAUAGUUAAGCUCACAGUGCCACCAAUGCAUUCGGAAUAAAGAUAGACUCGCAAUGAUAAAA